AUGAUAGAAUGGAUGAAGCGAGUAAUAGAUUAUAAUUUACCCAUUGUAGGACCGUUAAUUCAAGAAAAAGCUGCAGAGUUUGCAAAUAAUUUAGGCCUCACAUUUCAAGAUAGUUCGGGUUGGCUGGAAAAAUUUAAUCAAACCCAACCUAACCUGAAUGGAGUUGUAGAAAAAAUCUUAUCAGGUAAGACUGCCGUGGUGUCUGAAGUUAACUGUGAACAUUACCGAACAAACGUACUGCCAAAUGAAUUCGGUUUCUUUUUCAAGUGUUUGCCUGACAGAGCUUUGACGUUCAAAAGGGAUACUUGUCACGGAGAGAAAAAGAGUAAAGAUCGUGUAACUGUUAACUCCAUGGUAGGAGCUAAUAUGACUGGAACAGAAAAAUUAAAACUACUCGUGAUUGGAAAGUCACAACAACCAAGAUACUUCACGAAAAAGAACGUGGAAUCGUUACCAGUCACAUACGCGAAAAACAAAAAAAUUAUGGAUGUUAUCCACCAUCUAUGA